UCGUUUGUUUUGAAUUUUUGUCAACAUUCAAUUCAGCGGCACGCAGUUUCAGUUGGAAAUGCAUGUUUCAAAAAGAAUUAAUUUAGUUUAAUAAGAUUAGAAUUUAAUUUAAAUACAUUUGUAACAGAAAUGGAUGGAAAUACUUUGUGUCUAGAUCCGUCUUUGGAAAAACAACUUACAGGCCAUCGCAACAGUGUAACAGCUUUAUUUUAUAAUCGCAAUGAAAGACAAUUGGCUAGUAGCUCACUGGACAAUAGUAUCUUGCUAUGGGACCUACGUGGUACCAUGAAAAGCUAUAGAUUCCAAGGCCACGAAGAAGCAGUAAUGGAUGUAACGUUUUCACCGUCAGGGAAGUAUAUGGCUUCUGCAUCCAGAGACAAAACAGUCAGGAUAUGGGUGCCAACCGUCACAGGCAGUACAGGAAUGUUUAAGGCACAUUCACAAACUGUACGUUCUGUUCAAUAUAGUCCUGAUGGAACUAAGAUAAUAACAGCUUCAGAUGAUAAGAUAAUAAAAAUAUGGUCUGGUGAUAAACAUAAAUUCUUAGCCUCCUUCGUAGGCCACACAAACUGGGUGAGACGAGCAUCUAUGUCCAGUGACGGCUCAGUUAUAGCAUCAUGUUCUGAUGAUAAGACUACCAGACUAUGGAACCCAGACACAGCAGAAUGCAUACAUACAUACAAGGACCAGAAUAGUCAUGGAAUGUAUUUAGCUUGGCACCCAUCUAGCUGUUAUGUUGCUGUGGGUACAUCAAAAGGCAAUGUAAAACUAUAUGACAUAAGAACACAUAAUCUUGUUCAAUAUUACAGUGUACACAAUGAUGCAGUCACACAAAUAGCAUUUCAUCCCAGUGGGAGUUACAUAUUGACUGCAAGUAAAGAUGGUAAAAUGAAGAUAUUAGAUCUAUUGGAGGGGCAUCCAAUAUUCACUCUGUCUGGUCAUAGUGGCGGAGUGAAUGCUGUUACUUUUUCUCCAAGUGGGCAAUUCUUUGCUUCAGCUGGUGAUGACAAAAUGGGUGUGAAGAUGUGGUAUCACUGUUAUCACAGCAAAAGGUAUCCUGUGACAAAUUUUGUUCAUAUUGAUAAUGCAGUAGAAAUUACAAAUGAUUCUGUAAGAAAUGCAAGUUUCCAUGAAGGAGUCCCUAAUGCUAAUAGUACUACUAUAGAGUCAAUACGGCAAAGCGAAUAUCACAGCUCCUCAAGACCUAAUUCACAGAAUCUAAAUAGAAAUUCACAAUGUCAUGGUGAGUGUCAGUCGACUGAAUGCUCUGCACACAGUGUGGGGCACAUAAGUCAUAUUCCUCGCACUCCACCAACUCCAGGCACUUAUACUAUUCCAAAAAUUUUCAAUAAAUCAAUUGGAACAGAGAAACAAGAUGAAGGUAUUUUUGGUAUGAUCAAACUUGGGGAUAAUGAUGUGUGUUACACAAGUGGAAAUAUAGAGUGGGUGGGUCGGAAGAGAAGUUUUCCCAUCAAUAGUGGCUUUAAAAUACUUAGUCAAAGCAAUGAACAGCAUGAGUCUGUUGUAAAAAAAGUAAGAAGACUAAACGCCACUUAUACAAGUGGUGUGGAUAAAAUAAGAGAGUGUGAUUGUGCUGAUGUGUUGCCAACUGUGAAUGCAAUUGUUGAUCACUUGAAUGCACUCCAUGAAGCUGUAGACCUUGUUGAUUUAAGGCUUAAUACUUUAGAAGACGCUGCCAGCAAGAAUGAUUAGAAUUAAUUUAUUGACAAUUUGUGAUAUUUUAUUAAUGUAAAUGAAGUAAUUGAAAAAUAAAGUAUUUAUUAUUAAAAAAUAUAUUUUCUUAAAAAUUCGAUACCUUAGUCUCAUAAGCCUAAUUGUAUCAGAGCUGCGAUUUAUUUUAAUGAUUAAAUAACAAACAAUAUAUGCAAAUAAGCAAAAUGUAACAAUAUUAUUUAUCAAUCACUUAGGUAAACAACCAAUAAAAAGAUUAGUUAAUAUACAAAGAUAUCUUGUAGGUGUACUUUUUAGGGCUUCUGUUUCAUAUUCUCCUGUAGAAGAACUGUUAUUAAAAGUCUGCAAUUUUUAUAAUGUAAAAUAUAGUACAAAAAUCUUGAAGUUAAUACUGGCCAUUGCUCAAGAUAAUAACUAUUUGAAUUUCGGAUAAUCAUGACUAAAGUUUGUCUUAAAUUUUGGAAGAUGGUAGAGUAAAGUGCCAGUGGUUUUGGAGUUUUUUUUUAAUAUUUUUGCAGCACAUUUCAGUAAAAGAUCCUUUAAAGUUUAUCUUAUCAUAUUCACAUAUUCAUAUCACAUUCCUG